AUGAAAGACAUCCUGUUGACGGCCCGGACCAAGGGCAAGCGCGGGGCAAAGGUCAAUGUGGUGGAAGCUGUGGCCAAGGCCGGCGGACGUGCUGCAUACGCUCCUCUUGCUCGCCCUCAAGUCCCGCGGGCCAUGAUGUACUCUUCCACCACGACAGAGGGUGCAGAGGUAGCGGCCCCUCGUGCGGCUGGCAUCCGACCAGCCGAUGCGGUGGCCGAGGUGACGGCAGCCAAGUUGGCGGACGCAGACAAGGCGCUCGCGGCUAUCAACACCGACGCGCGUAUCCUCAACACCACCCAGCACGUCAUUGGCUCGACCGCCGGCGCAUCGUCGGCCGGAUUUGAUGUCUACCGCAAGACGCGCAACCUCGAGCGCAAUCGCCUCGAGCGCCUGGAGCACCUCGAUCGGGAGCUCGAGGCCCAGGCAGAGUACGCCCGCAAGGUCGCCGAGACCCAGGCCCGUCUCGAUGCAGAGGCUGCCAAGAAGAAGCGCAAGCGCGAGGCCAAGAAGCAGCGCCAGCGCGAGCGCAAGCGCCAGAAGAAGCUCGAGAACAUGCGAUUCGAGCCGACCGCGCCCGACGACGACGACUCGUUCUCGGUCGCAACUGUUGUUUGCCCCUCGCCUGACCCAAGCUCGUCCUCGUCAGAGUCGAUGAGCGGCUCGUUUGGAUCGGCGGCCUCGGAUCGCAUCGCCUCGGGGUCUGAGGCCGAGCUCCCGGCGUGGUCAGCGUCGCAAGUCUCGGCCUCGGGAAGCGACGAGUCCGAGUAUGGCUCGUUCUGCUCGGCCAACACCACUUGUGCGUUGCACGGGGUUCACGGCCUGCACGGGCCGCGUGCACCUGACGAGCCGGCGUCGUGGUCGACCGAGCAAGCCUCCAACUCGGCAUCCACAGGUCCGGUCGGUGACGAAGCAAACCCGCUGUUUGCCGCUGACUGGCAGCAGCCGGGCUUUGUGCCGCGCUCGGCGCUUGUUGCCUCGCCCAUGCCGCCCGUUUCUUCGCACCCUGCCCUCGAGGGCUCGUUCAACGUCUACCGGCCUGUCAUCAACAUCGACCUUCAGCUUGCCGAGGACCAUACUUCAGGCCGAGCAAACGGGCCGGGUGGAGCAGGCGGCGCAGAUGCAUAUCUCGAUGAUGAUGACUUUUCGUCCGACUCGUCCAACAGUGAGCACGGGCAGCAGCUCCGCGCCGCGUCAUCCGCCAAAGCUGCUGACGACAAUAGUGACAGCUCAGAUGAUGACGAGGCGCUCAACCUGAUCUCGAUCUCGCACGCCCAGUUUGCACAUGCCUCGGACCUGGUUGUCAACUCGCUUCGCGGCCCGCCGGAUCUCCGCAGGUCGCUUCGCUCGCUGACCAAGAUGCCGGAGCCACACCUUCGCGAGCCAAUCACUUACCUCUCAGGUCUUGGCGAGCUGCAGCUGGAGGCGUCGCGGCUGCCGGCUCAGGCGCUCGCCGAGGAGCUCCUGGCCAAGCACAUGACCGCGUUCCUUCCACCAGACCGCAAGUAUGUAGCCCUACUUGCCACCCGGCACCUGAUGAGUGCUGCCCUAGGCGACGCCGACUUUGUGCGGGAGUCGCUCUGCUCCGAGCCGUUCAUUGCCUUUGUCCGGCGGACCGGGCCAUCCAAGAAGCCGCUACUUGACGUCAUCGAGGACAUGGUUCACGAGUGCAAGGAGCUGCGAGUCCGCUCGGUCCUCCGCGACAUCAAGACGAACAGCCCGCCAAUGCACAAGGCCAUCGGCAUGCUGUGGGCGGUCAACACACCUGGCGUCCACUGGCGGACGGCAUGGGAUCUCUCGCAGCGGCUGGCCCGGCUGCUGGACCUCGACUCGCCGCACCAUCUGGCCCGGCCCGAUGUUCAGGCUGCGGUCAUGGCGUACGUCGAGUCGGGAGACCGCGAGGCCAUGGCUGCUGCCGCCGCUGCUGCCACCGCCGCCGCCGAGGCCGAGGCCGCCCGCCAAACGCUCGCUGCCAACAUGCUUGCCGACUCGCAGCGGCGUGCGCUCGACGCUCUAUCUAUCAAUCUCGGUCGCCUGGCAAGCCACGGGAGUGGCGUGUGGAUGGCACUCCGUGAUGCGCUUGUCAGUUGCCUCCGCCUCUUUCCAGAGCUUCGGCUCAAGGCGCUCGACAAGUUGAUCAAAACUGCAGUGAGCGAGUACUCUGUUGUUGACGUCGAUCUGCUUUCUCUCGUUCAGCACCCCUUUGCCGACGACGCGCUGGGCGCGCUGGGCAAGCGGCUUGCGCCGACACUGCCCAGAUAUGCAGCGCAGGCUGCGCUCACGCUGGUCGUCGUCCGCCGCGCCGAGGUCUUUGACAAGCUUCGCGCCAUCGUCGCCGAGCCGUUUGCCUCAACCACCAUGCAGAGCCUCGCGCUCGACUGGACCUUCUGGCUCGUCGAGUACCCCGGCACAAAGCGUGUGCUGCGUGCCGAGACCCAGCUCGAGGAGCUGCUUGGCAUGGAGUUUGUGGGCACCGACAACAACGGUUCUGGUCAAGGCGGAGCCAAAGUCCACACGCCAUCGACAGCAUCCGAGACCUCGUGGGACGGCGACGAGGUCUUGACUGCCCGCUUCGAGCUUGCGGCAUCGUCCAUCACCAACUGGGUUCUGGAGCAGGCGCUCCACCACGCGCAAGCAGUUGCGCUCGGCACGUGGGUUGGUAUCACCCGCACCAAAUGCCGGAUAUGUCGUCUCCAGGUCUGUUACGUCUCGAAAGUAGAGGUCCCGCGCGGGAGCGCAGAUCGGAGCCGGCGGCUUCGAUGCGCGAGCUUCGAGUGCAGCGCCGGCGGCGGCGCUCCAGGUCUGCCGCCCGUCUGCGAGCAUCCGGCCAAGCAGCGGGUAGUCACCCGCCAGCGGCUUCCUGCCACCCGAGUCUACCAGCCGCCGACGUGGCUGUACACGCUCGGAUGUGCAGGGUGCGGGACCCGCCUUCGCAAAGCGACGUACAUCGCCGGCUCGGGCACUAAUGGAGAUGUUGUGGUUGUCGACUCACUCAUUGACAACGGCCGGACCGCCCAAGAUCGUAUCCAAGGCGGCUCCUCUGUCCUCCUUCUAUCCAAGUCCGAUCUCAAAGAGUGGCUCGGCGGCUGCACCCGCUUUGUCUCUGCCGUCCCCGCCCCCGAGCCGCUGCCGUAG